CCGCUUGGCGUUUAAGGAAAACUACCGGAUGGGGCUUGUGAUGGACAAGAUCAGCAAAACAGAUGGACCACUGGAGGUGAGGAAUGGAUUUUGGGGGAAUACCUUGAUGUCUGCUGAACUCACACUGUUCUCUCCUUCUCUUGGCUGCUCUUGUGCUAAGACUACACGUUUCCCAUACAGCAAGUGAGGAAGGUGGGGGAAAGAAACGUGUCUCUGACAGCCUGACUGCUCUUGCUUCCUGUGCCCAAAGAUGUCUUGUGACCCUUUCCUGCUAAGCACAAGGCCUGGAGAGGACCCUGAGGGUGGUAACUUCUCAGAGGAGAGCAGUGGCGGGGGUGACGGCAACGGUGUCUUGGGAGGCGACAGCCCAGUCACGGGGCCCCUGAGUGCAAUGCUGUUGGUCAUGUGCCUCAUUGGGAUGGCAGGGAAUGUCUAUACACUGGUGGUGGCCUCCGGCAGGGUUGUGGGCCGCUCGGCAGGCUCCUUAGGGGUCUAUGUGAUCAACCUCGCAUUGGCUGAUUUCCUGUACCUCUCCACCAUCCCCUUUGUGGUCUGCACGUACUUUGCCCACGACUGGUUCUUUGGGGAUGUGGGCUGCAGGCUUUUGCUCAGCCUGGACCUCCUCACCAUGCAUGCCAGCAUCUUCCUCCUGACUGCCAUGAGCCUGGAGAGAUACUGGGCGGUGAGCAGGCCGCUGCGGGCCAGGCGGACUGGAAACGCUUACCGCAAGCUGGCCAGUGCUGUGCUGUGGCUCCUCUCGCUCCUGCUAACGGCUCCUAUGAUGGCGAUGAUCCAGCUUCGGGACCGAGGCAGUCACCACAAGCGGAUCUGCUUCCCCACCUGGACACCAUCUGCCUUCCGGCUUUACCUCACAGUGCUGUUUGUCACCAGUGUCCUGGCACCCGGCCUGGUGCUGGGUGUUGUCUAUGCCCGCCUGGCCCGGGUCUACCGGGUGUCCACCUCGGGCUUGGGGCCACCGGCCACCGGCCGAGCUUCCUCCCAGAAGCUCUUCUCCCGGAUCUUCAGCAUUAUCACGGCCUACUGGGCCUGCUUCGUGCCCUUCUGGGCCUGGCAGCUGACCAGGCUGUACCAGGGCGAGGGCCUGGGCCUUGGCCCCACCACCCAGGCCUACCUCAACUUCGGGGUCACCUGCCUGGCCUACAGCAACAGCUGCGUCAACCCCUUCCUCUACACCCUACUCACCAGGAGCUACCGCCGGCCCUCCGGCCGCAGCGGGAGGGGGCCGCCAGAGCCCUGGGCCCCCUCUCGGGGGGCAAUGCAGGCCACGACAGGAGGCAACGGCACCUCCCUCGUUUUCAAGAAGUUGUCUGGGUCCACAGGGGAAAGUGGGGAGGGCCUAGAGCAGCGAUAA